UAUCUAAUAGUUACUGACUUUUAAUUAUUCAAUAUAUAUUUAUUAUUUCAUAAUAUGUAAAAAUAUUUAAUACAUAAAAUAAUUUUUAUAUAUAAUGUUCGUCCCGCGCAAUACGCGGGUCUUAACCUAGUUUUUUGUUAUUCAUUAUGUUUCCCUCCAUUAUAUAGUUCAUGAACCGGGUUUACAUACAUUGAAACUAUCAGAGCAACUUUACCGAUAAGGUUCUCAAUCGAAGUUCUUACUUGAUUUAUAUUAGUAUUUUAAUGAAGUUGGGUUUCUUGAUUAAAUUUAAACAUUUUAUAAGAAUUAAACUACUUACAAAUUGAUAUUUGUGAAGAAAGGUUCUCAUAAAUAUUUUAAAUUAUAUCAUUUGAGAUACAUUAGGCUUGUUCUUUUCACCGCCGCAGACGCAGCGCAAAAUGACCAAAAUUAUAACUGACUUUUGCCCAAAUAUGUGGAGAACACCGCAGGCAUCCGUACUUUUCAUCAUUAAAAUCAGACGCAGCUCUCGGUUAGCUGUCGCUGUUUUACUCAGCGUCACGGAAAACACCGGCGGCACUUGCAAAAAGUAAUCGCAGCGGCAAGUCAUUUGUUCUCCACCAUAUAUUUUCGUGAUUUUGAUGUGUUAAUUUUGAGACGCUGACGCAGUGUCUGCGGCCGUGAAAAGAACAAGCCUAUUGCACUUUCUCUCUUUUAUUUUCUCAUUUUUCUUUUCUUUUUUCUUUUGGGUCAAAACUCCUUAUUCUAAAUUGGUAAGAUAUCCAAUAGACAUCUAUUCAAUUGACAUACUCUCAUAAAUAUUUUUUCCAAAAAAUAGAAAAAUAAUUAUGAUGGAGGAAUUUGUGAUUGGCCAAGUCAACGUCAUACUUAACAUAUUUCCUUAUUCGAAUUUGGUGAUUGACUGCAAUAAAUUAAAAAAGACUUAAUUAAUAAGAAAAGCAGACACUAUAUAUUGAGAUUUGGGAUACCUACGUCUUAGUCUUUCUUCAAUCAGACUCUCCACUCUUUUCCCCUUCAAUUCAAUAUCUAUAUCUCUCUCCCUCUCUCAAAUUUUUAACCUAUAUUCUCGAUUUCUUCUUCCUCAAUUCAUCGAUCACCCUCCUUCCCCGAUCACCGACGUUCUCGUGGGUUUUUUCUUCUCCUCCUCUUCUUUUUUCUUCUGGUGGGUUUUGCUUAUUAAUUUCAGUCAUGUUGUGUGGAACCAAACAUGGGUUCUAUCACUCUGGUUCUGUUUGCUUGUAUGAUGUUCUUAAACCGAUCAUGUAAUGCGUGUGAUUUGUAUUUUUUUUGUGUGUGUGUGUUGAUGUGAUCAAAGCAUCUUUGUUUCGGUUUUGGUUUUCUUUAACCUAAACUCCUAGAAACGCGCUCGCAAGUUGUUUGAUCGUCACGCAAACUCGAAUACUGAUGUUUUUAGGUCACUAAGGGAAGAAUAUGGUUUUAGUAUAAUUAGCACCAACAUAUGCGAGAUUAACUUUUAAAAAUGUGAAGGUUAAGUAUUACUAGUAAAUUGCAGUAUCUGAUCGUUUCUUGUUGCUACAUAGCUAGAUUUAAUGGAGGGAACUUCUAGUUGGAAGCCUAACGAACAAGGCGGAGACUCUCUUGCUAAUGAUUGGAGAUCACAACAUGAGCCUGAUCUACGUAAGAAAGUUAUUGUAGCAAUAGUGGAGAGGUUGAAGAUAUGUUUCUCUAGACAUAUUACGGAUACUAUUACCAAGAGCGCUUGUACAUUUGAAGAAAAGAUUUAUGGCAUGGCCAAAGAUAAGGGUGAUUACUUGCGGAAAAUCCACGAAAAGAUACUUGCUUUCGAAAGAAAAAUCAGAGCUGGUACUUCAGCCAAUGGAGCUAACACUCCACAUCCAGCUCAAGCUCUGAAUCAAGGACAAUCACUUCCCACCUCGUUGACAUAUGCACAGACUCCAACAAACCAACCAUGGUUAUCUCAAAGCAACAUCCAGAGCAAGUUCAACACUCCUGAAUCUUCUGGUUUGCCCAUUCAGUCUCCUAUGACCGUUUCUGCGGCUCAGAAUCUAAACGUUCAAAUGGGUGAAAGAGUUGAAUCAAGUCUUGGUCCCGGUCCUCAAAGACAGAUUCAAGGAAGGCAACAACAGCUUCAGAAGUCUCAACAGCAGCAACUGAGAUCCAACACGAUGUACCAGCAUCACGGGAAUCAGCAGCAGCAAAGUUUGUUGCCUCAUCAUAGAUCAUCGUCUCCUAUUAAGCUGUCUUUUCCUCAGUCUUCUGCUCUUUCUAGUCAUCAACAGCAGAUGGCUGUGCCGUCCAGGGAACAUAAACAGCUAGAACGGAAGUAUCACAUUAGUCAACUGAUGAAUGGUCAAGACACGCAGCAGAAUCAUCUAACAUCACCACAAAACAAUGGGGAGAAACAACGAAUCUCCCAGCAGAACAAUACGACUAGCUUUAAUGUGCAUGGAUCAAAAUUGUUGGGUGCUCAAGGCCAAGAGGUGGAGAAAUCUCAACCAUUGAUGCUACAACAUUUGAAUGAGACACAAAGGUUUCAAGCAGCAGGUUCUUUGCACCAAAGCCAGAACCUAGCAGACCAACAGAAUCAGCCAUAUCAAUUGCAGAAACCUACUUUUCAAGAUUCUACAAGCAAGACGUUAAACCCUAGUGGUGGUGACUGGCGAGAAGAAACCUAUCAGAAGAUAAAAGCUCUUAAGGACAAGUAUAUACAUAUUCUGAGUGAAUUGUUCCAAAAACUAUCUUAUAAAUUGCAAGAGAUUGAUUCUCUUCCUCAACAGAACAUGAUGCCAUCUGACCCGCGGGUUGAAAAUCUAAGGGCGACCAUAGCGAGGUUGGGGCAAGUUCUUGUGUACUUAAAUGUCAGUAGGAGAAGUGUAUCAGAGCAGCACAGAGAUAAGUUUAGUGCAUUGGAGUCACUUGCAUUGAAAUUCACCAAGCAUCAGAGGGAAAAGGAGGAGCAGCAACAAGUGCAUAUCCCUCCUCCUCAGAUCCAUCAAACAGCAUUACAAACCCAAAGUGGUCAAGUCCAUGCGUCACAGACAGCAGCGCCUCAUUCCUCGCAGACAAGGCCUAGGAUAGAACCAAAAGAUGUGAACACGGUUAUGUCCUCAUCAGGAAAUGUCGUGGUGCAUUCUCCUAAACAGAAUCCUCCAAGUAAUCAAAAGGAGGUUGUACACUCUAAUAUCAGCCAGGCUCAGUCUAGUAUGUUUCAGAAGAAGCAGUUUCAUCAUCUCCCUAAGCAAGAACAACCAUCAGCUUCAUCCCCUCAUAUGCAGAAGAACAACUCUUCUCCUCAGUUAGUGGAGCAGCAGACUCUUCCUACACCAACUAACAAAACAGCAGCUCAGGAGCAUCCUCUGGUUACUCUUUCUCCUGAGCCAAUCUCAGAGCGGCCUAUUGAUCGUCUGAUAAAAGCUUUUCAAUCAUCAUCACAAGAAUCUUUGGCACAAUCAGUAAGUGAGAUGAGGUCGGUCAUCAGCUUAACUGACAUGCUUGCUGGUUCAGUCCACACCAUUGGAGGAUCUAGAGCUCGUUUAGGGGAGGAUUUGAGUGAGAGGACAAGGUUCCGUGUGCAACAAGGAGAUACACAUCCAACUAAGAAACUUAAGCGCUCACUCACCGCUAUGCCAUCACAAACUAAUAGCUACAAACGGUUCAGUGUCAACAAGAUUGAGCCUAGUUAUGCCCUCCUGCAAGAGAUCAUGGAAAUAAAUAGGAGAUUUGUAGAGACAGUGGUGAACAUAUGUAAUGAAGAUGUUUGUCCAAGUGAGAUUACUCCAGGAACAGUCGUCGUCACGUGUGAUUAUGUCCCUGUGGCUCUUAGUGCCACAUUCAAAGCUCUUUACAAUUCAGGACAUAUCGUAAGUCUCUCUAAACUUUGGUCUUGUCUGUCUUUUUCUCAAAUGCUUAUGUAUCCCAUGUUUGAUAUGCAGUCACAGAUUCAGCCGUUACGUUUACUAGUUCCUGAGAAUUAUCCAAAUUCCCCAAUAAUAAUAGAGAAAAUCCUCUUUGACGGCGCCAGUGAUCACAAGUUUGAGGAUUUAUCGGCGAGAGCUAGAUCGAGGUUUAGUUCGUCUAUGAAGGAAGCAAUGUCACUUAAAGAAAUAGCUAAAGUUUGGGAUGAGUGUGCGAGAGCUACAAUGCUUGAGUACGCUGAACGGCAUGGUGGAGGCACUUUCAGCUCCAAGUACGGUCGUUGGGAGUCUGUUCUAAGAUCUUCAUGAGCUCUAAAUACUUUUUUUUCUAACUUACUCACCCGUCAAGGAUAAUGCACAGAGGUGGAAACUUUAAAGUGUUAGGUUUUAUUAUUUGCCUUGCGGUAGAAAAAAUAUCAGUUGUAAUUUGUAAAUGCAUAAUGUUUCCAUUAUCAUUUGUAAAUGCAUAAUGUUUCCAUAAACUUGAAUGUCCAAGUCUAAUCUAUUUUGUAGAAACUUUAACCGGUUUCAGUUUAGAUUCCUCAGAUUUUUAGAGGUUUUUUAUGACCAGAGCCGGGACUGAGUAAACGAGAGCUCCUUUUCAAUUUUUUAAUAAUUUUAUUUUUAUAGUUUUAUAAACUAUAUACGAAAAAACAAUACAAAAAUAAUAAUAAUCUAAAUAAAAAUAAAAUGAAAAU